AUGUUCGCGACACCAAUACGUCUCGCGAGCCGCGGCAUGCCCGGCUUCUGGCGGCGCAGCAUGGACGAGUUCAAGCGGCAAGCCAACAUCGCCGUCAAGAUGGAGGGCCUACAUGUCCCCACCAAACCCCGUCCGCUCAUGCAGUUCGAGCACCCCGGCGACAUCGAGCGGUGCAAAGUGAUGUGUGAUUCGAAGAUGGGCGGCUUCAGCAAAGCAAGCUUCACAUUCCAAGAGGGUCGAGAGCACCAGAACAGCACACGCGAACAAGGCAUCAUUGGAGACGGGAAUGAGAACGAGGCAGGAGAAGAGCCAUCACAUGUUUUGUUCAAGGGGAGCAUAAGUACAGAACUCCCGCCGAACCAGCCGGAUGUGCAGCGCAGUGGCUACGCGGCAUGGAGGACGCGGGAUCGAGGGUGGUGGAUGUUUGGCAAGCUGCUGUGGGACAUUGACCCUUAUACCUUUCUGGCACUACGAAUCAAGAGCGACGGGAGGAAGUACUUUGUGAACAUCCAGACCGAGUCGAUUGUGCCCACCGACAUCCACCAGCAUCUGCUCCCGUGCUACACGCCGGGGCAGUGGGAGACGGUCAUCAUUCCUUUCCACGCUUUUGUGCGCACAAACUAUGGCAUGGUGGUGGAGCCGCAGAGGGAAAUGCUGCGGCAGAAGGUGCGGUCGGUGGGGAUCGGCCUGACGGAUCGCGUGCCCGGUCCAUUCGAGUUGUGCAUCGCGGAUGUGUACGCGACCAACGCUGCUCCGGUGAAGGGGGUGGGGAGGGAGGAGAGUGGGUUUGACAUGGAGCCUGAGCGCACGGGCAUGAUGGAUGAGAUUGAGCCGAGGAGAAAGAAGGGAGAGCCGGAGCGAAUCCUGAUAUGA